AUGAAUCUGCCAAUGCGAAAACGUUCUCUCUCCUGCAAUGCACUGGGGCCCUAUCUACUCGAGGAACAAGGUAGUGACGAUUCCGGUUCAUCGACUCGGAAACCGUCUCAAGAUAUUGCUGCAACAGAAACCGCAGCUAAAGUGUCCGUAGUGGGUACGCUGCCAGUGUGGUUUAACAAAUUGAAUCGAAAACAGGCCGAUGUAAGUCAAUGA